AUGGACUACUGUCAGGGAGGGAGCCUUGCUGCAAAGGUCAGAGAAAGAAUGGAACCUCCCCAAGAGUCUGAGAUACUGAGCUGGUUUGCUGAGAUCUGUAUUGCUUUGCGAGAAAUUCAUGAAAAAGGAUUGCUUCACAAACAUCUGACACUAGAGUUUUCAGCAGAGACCACAAUCAGGAUCAUACCCAAGAUAAUUGGUGGUCCUUACCCAUGUCUCCCAGAAACAUUCUCACCAGAGCUUUGUGAACUCUUGAAAGAUAUAUUGAAUAGAGACCCUCAAUCAAGACCAGCAGCCAGUGAGAUCCUGGAACAUCGACUCAUCAUGAAAUGUCUCUCAAACAAGAUCAAAACAACUCUGGAGGAACUUCAGACCAAGCUGACCAAGCUAAGAGGUGUGGCUGAUGGUUUGGAACGUGUGCAUCAGGGUACCACCAUCGGCAGCCUGGCAGGAGGAGUGAUUGGAGCGGUGGGGGGGAUUACAUCCAUAGUGGGUAUAAUACUGGCUCCCUUCACUUUGGGAGCCUCUCUUAUUGUCACUGGGGUUGGAGUGGGCGUGGGUGCACUUGGUGGGGUCACUGCUGGUGCCUCAAAUAUCACAAAUAUGGUCAACCAGUCCUCUGAUCGCAAAGCUGUUCAAAGCAUCCUCAAAGAGUUUGAACAGAAAAUUCAAGCAGUUGUCACCUGGUUACAGGAGUUUGGCAACAGCCUACAGAACAUCAGGAGCAGAUUUGGCUCAGCUGACACACUUGACACAGCAGAUAGCCAGUUCACUCAAGAGAACCUGAGAAGACUUGGCUUUAGGGCAGGGAGGGGAAUAGGUGGUCUUGCUGAACUGAUUCGACUAGUUCAAGUGAUGAACAUUGGAAGGAUUGCAGCACAGGCAUCCAGGGCAGUACGUGUGGCAGAGGUAGCAACAGGUGUGCUUUCUGGCUUAUUCAUAGCAGUAGAUAUCUUUUUUAUUGCCAUGGAUGCCAAAGAGAUACACCACAUUAGACAGGCAAAGGCAGCAGAGGAGGCCGCUUCUUCUGGGUCAGUGUCCAACUCUAGGUCUACCUCUGACCAAGCUACACUUCUGUCCAGCUCAGUGAUGGAAGAGCUCGAGCCUAAAACAUCACAGGCACAGGACCAGUCUUCCUCUAAAACCACUCGAGUCAGAUCUGAGAUCAUGAAAUUUGUCCUGUCAAUCAGGGAGGCAGCAGACGACUUGGAGAAAGUCUUGAAUGAUCUACAAAGCAUCAGCUCAUCUCUCCCUUCAUUUGGAGAUCAGGGAGAGCUGGAAUGGCAAGAUAUGGAAUUAAUGUAA